CUGUCUCUAAUCUCUCUCUCUCUUGUUCUUUAUAUUUUUCUCUUGGAUGGAUUAAAUAUCUAUGAUCAUCAGAGGCAACAUAAUAACUCAAUCUCGAGUUUAAGUUGUAAACUAACUAAGCCAUGGUUCACCACCACAAUCUUCUUCUUCGUCUUCAUCAUCAUCCUCCUUGGUGCUUCUUUCAGCUGGAUGGAUAUGGGUUUUGCAACGGGUGGAGGUCCAAUCAAAGUGACAAGAGUGUUCACUAAAAAUUCCAACGUGCAUAUCCUCGAGACGAUACUCCCUCCUCCUACAUCACUCAACAACCCAUUGCGAUGCUCACUAGACCAGAACAUAACAACACAUACGUGUUCUGAAAGCUACCGGGAGAAAUCAGACCCUAAAGACGACGAUACAGAGACCUGUCCGGACUACUUCAGGUGGAUCCACAAGGAUCUAGAAGCAUGGCGGGAGAAUGGAAUCACUCGAGAGACAUUAGAGAGAGCAAGUGGUAAGGCUCACUUCAGACUGAUAAUAAAAGGAGGAAGAGUGUAUGUGCAACAAUACAAUAAAUCUUUUCAGACAAGAGAUGUUUUCACCAUAUGGGGUAUAGUGCAACUUCUAAGGAUGUAUCCUGGUCAAGUCCCUGAUCUUGAGCUUCUCUUCUUGUGCUCUGACUUGCCUGAAAUCUGGAGAAGAUAUUAUAGGCCAAGACCAGGAGUCAGUGUCACGUGACCGCCUCCUCCACUCUUCCAUUACUGUGGCCAUCCCGGUGCUUUUGACAUUGUCUUCCCCGAUUGGAGCUUUUGGGGCUCGCCGGAAAUUAACAUUAAGGAGUGGAAGAAGGUGAAGUGGGAAGAGAGAGAACCUUACGCAUAUUGGAAAGGGAAUCCCCAAGUUGCAAAGAUCAGAAGAGACCUCAUUAUAUGUCAUGAUCCCAUGCUUCAUCUCUAUCGUCAGGAUUGGAAGAGAGAGGGUACGAUUGGGUUUAGGACUUCAAACCUAGAAGAUCAAUGGACCCACAGGUACAAGGUUUAUGUAGAAGGAAGGGCUUGGUCGGUGAGCCAAAAGUACAUAUUAGCUUGUGACAGUAUGACUCUUCUUGUAAAGCCAUUUUACUUUGAUUUCUUCACUAGAAGCUUGGUUCCAAUGGAGCAUUAUUGGCCCAUUAGACCUCGACAAAAAUGUAGUGACGUUGCCUUUGCUGUCCACUGGGGCAAUAAUAAUACCAAAAAGGCAAAAGCUAUAGGGAGAAAUGGGAGUCGAUUUAUACUUAAGAAUUUAAAGAUGAAGUAUGUGUAUGAUUACAUGUUGCAUCUAUUGCAAAGCUAUGGGAAGUUGAUGAAGAUGAAUGUAGAAGUGCCUGAAGGCGCCGAAGAAGUGUGUGCAGAGACAAUAGCUUGCCGGAUCAAUGGAGGACGAGUGAGACAAUCUAUGAAUGACUCAUUGGUUAUGUAUCCGGGGGUUAAGGCUGCUUGUGUGAUGCCUCCACCUUUUGAAGAAGAUGCACUCAAGAGAUUUCUUGAGAAGAAAGAAAGUGUCGAGAAAAAAGUUGAGAAGUGGACUAAUGAGUAUUGGGAGGAACAGAAGGAGAAUCUUAAACAUUGAGCUACUUAUAAAUUUAAAGAAAAAAUUAUUAUGGAUCCCUUAUAUUAAUAUCAAUCAAUUUGAUGAAGAU